CUGGCCCCGCCUCCUUCUGUCUUUGCCGCGCUCCGUGGAUUUUUUUUUGCAAAGGUGGAGAGCGAUAUUCUGGCGCUUGGACCUGAUGGAGCAGCAUUCCCAGUUUUGACUGCUGUUGUUCUGUCUCAAGCCAGUGGGGUCAGAGCCAAGAAAAAGCGAGUCUUUUCCUGCUGAAAAAGCUUUGGGGAACUGUUGCUCAGGACCUAGGCACUCCUGACGCAUCGUCUCAGUCUCACUCCAUUCUAUGGCUCCACUGUGAAAUCACUCGCAUUCACGUUUGUAGCCCUGUGAAUCCCUCUGCUCACUGCUUGGAGGAGGGGUCCAGGGAAACAUCAAGUGUUUGGAAGGAAGGGCUCCUGAGUACUGCGGGAGCUGUCUGAGGUGCUGAAACCUUCCAAGUGUUUGUCUCCACGAGCCCCAGAAGGGGUUAGAUGGCACGUUUUCAUUUCUGCCCUUCUGGUCCCUCAUGCCUCGGAUAAGACUCUUUUCAGGAUUGUGAAUAUCGCUCUGUAUCAUGGCACACGUGAGACACUUUCGGACACGAGUUUCUGGAUUUUACUUCUGGGAAGCUGCACUGUUACUGAGUUUGGUCGCCACUAAGGAAACAAACAGUGCAAGAUCUCGAAGUGCUCCAAUGUCACCUUCUGAUUUUCUGGACAAACUAAUGGGGAGGACAUCUGGGUAUGAUGCAAGAAUCAGGCCUAACUUCAAAGGUCCUCCAGUGAAUGUCACAUGCAACAUAUUCAUAAACAGCUUUGGCUCCAUUGCAGAAACGACUAUGGAUUACAGAGUAAAUAUUUUCCUUCGUCAGAAAUGGAAUGAUCCCCGUCUUGCCUACAGUGAAUAUCCCGACGAUUCGUUAGACCUUGACCCGUCCAUGUUGGACUCCAUUUGGAAACCAGACUUGUUCUUUGCUAAUGAGAAGGGGGCUAACUUCCACGAAGUCACCACAGAUAACAAGCUGUUGAGAAUUUUCAAAAAUGGAAAUGUCCUGUACUCAAUAAGGCUAACAUUAACACUGUCCUGUCCGAUGGAUCUCAAGAAUUUCCCAAUGGAUGUACAAACGUGCAUAAUGCAACUAGAAAGCUUUGGGUACACAAUGAAUGAUCUCAUUUUUGAAUGGCAAGAUGAGGCACCAGUACAAGUGGCCGAAGGACUCACUUUGCCUCAAUUUCUGUUGAAAGAAGAAAAAGAUCUGCGAUACUGCACUAAACACUACAAUACAGGAAAGUUUACAUGCAUAGAAGUGCGAUUCCACCUUGAGCGGCAGAUGGGCUACUACUUGAUCCAGAUGUACAUUCCCAGCCUUCUGAUUGUUAUUCUGUCUUGGGUCUCAUUCUGGAUUAACAUGGAUGCAGCCCCAGCAAGAGUAGCUUUGGGCAUUACCACCGUGCUUACUAUGACGACACAGAGUUCUGGAUCCCGGGCUUCCUUACCAAAGGUUUCAUAUGUCAAAGCUAUUGAUAUUUGGAUGGCAGUAUGCCUCCUUUUUGUGUUUUCAGCACUUCUGGAGUAUGCAGCAGUGAAUUUUGUAUCAAGACAACACAAAGAACUUCUGAGAUUUCGACGGAAGAGAAAGAAUAAGACAGAAGCUUUUGCACUGGAGAAGUUUUACCGUUUCUCAGACACGGAAGAUGAGGUGAGGGAGAGUCGCUUCAGCUUCACAGCUUAUGGAAUGGGGCCGUGUCUGCAAGCAAAAGAUGGUGUGCUUCCGAAGGGGCCCAACCAUGCUCUCCAGGUGAUGCCAAAGAGCCCGGAUGAAAUGAGGAAAGUGUUCAUCGACAGGGCCAAGAAGAUCGACACCGUCUCCAGAGCCUGCUUUCCACUUGCGUUUCUGAUUUUUAACAUUUUCUACUGGGUUAUCUAUAAAAUUCUGAGGCAUGAAGACAUUCAUGAGCAGCAAGAUUAAGCCUCUGACGGCGUACAGAAACAACUGCAGGUAGAGGAAAAAUGUCGCUGACGUCAGACUGGGUGUGUGUGCGUGUGGCAUGCAAGGGAUGACCAAUGCAUCAAGACAGCCUACAGACAGUUUAUCUUGAUUUUCGAUGUAAAAUAAUGAGACAAAUUGGCUCUUUUCAGGGAUACAAAACACACAAUGUGGGGGUCCUGUUUCAUAUUACUUAUUACAAGAUGACCUGCUUUCCUUGUGUCAAUGUGUGUUGUAUAUGUUAUACUAGCACACACAGUAGACAUGAUAAUUACUUUCGGGUUUCUUGACUUUUAAUUCGGUUAUAGUAAAAAAUGUGGAAUCAAGAUUUGUACAGUAAAAUUCAUGAGACAAGUAUCACAAAAUGAUGAAGAUAAUAAAAAAUAAUAGUUUGAGAUGUAUAGUAUAUUUUAAAAGGGAUAACAAUGCCAUUCAGUGUCAAGUUAGAACACUAUCCAUAGGAAAAUUGUAGAACAAACAUAUACAAUAACAAAAUAUUAAAUUGGAUGGUCAAACUAAAAGGCAUCAUUAAAUAUCUCUCUGUGGAAUUUUGAAAUAAACAGCUUAGGCAAUCAUGCUGUAAUAAAAAUUCUACUUAUAUUUCCAUCUCUAAGAGUGAAGGUAAAGAUACUGAGGACAGUCUUUGUAAAUAAGUGUUACAUUUAUUUUUAAUUAGCUCUACACAAUGGAAAAUUUUAAGCCAGCACAUUUGCUUUUGCUAAAUUUAAUAGUAGCUUGUCUGUAUGUUUGUUUUUAUGUAACUAAACAAAAUUCAAUAAGACUUUUCUAUUUAGUUUAGAAUGAAACUUUUAUUAUUAAUUAUACUGAAGUACUUACAUUUUGAUAUAAACAAAUUCAAGGAAAAAUAAAAAUAGAUUCACAAAAGAUGACUUCUUUUUAAUAAGAAUCAUUUUCUCAUCAAAUUUAUGUGAGCCUAAAAUUGCUCCAAAUAGCAAGGGAAUCGGUUUUAAUUCUAAAUGAUUUAAACAUAUCAAUUAUAUCAAGAGAGAUUGUUUUAAUCUUCUUUAGUUAAUGCAUUCAAAAUGUAGCCAUCACAAGUUGUGGGAAACUUAACAAUUUUGCCUGGAAUUUGUCCUUGACCCAUGCAAUUAUUUCAGCUACAGUGGAAUUGUCUUAGUUCAGCCCUAUAGCAGCUACUAAGAGAAAGUGUAUAAUAAAAUUCCUGGUAAAAUUAAACCAGGCUCUGAUUUAUUUGCUGUUUUUCUUAUUAAUGCCACUAAUAUUACAUUUGAAAAAACUUUUAGAGUGAUUUUAGAUAUUUUAGUUAUUGAUUAGUCUAUAAAACUAUAAAAAGUAAAAUCUAUAUAAAGUAAAAACAUCAAGAACUUAAAAAAUUUCAGAUAUGUUGUAGAAAAAUCAACUGUUUUUUAACUAAAUGGUACUAUUUUAUGACCUUCAGCCAUUGUCAAAACUCAAAGCAGAAACUGCCAUUUAAAACUAAAGACUUGUAAGUGUCUCUGUAGUUUGGUUAACCCAACCAUAGAUUUUAAAACCAACUUUUAAAAAAGUAAUCCAUGCUAAGUGGAGUUUGCUAAUAAAAGGCAAAAUAUCACAUUUAUAAGUAAUUACACAAGAUAAGAACAUUGUGUUUGUGAUUAUAUGUAGUCAGCAAGUGAAAAAAUCUGUUAUUGUGUGCUUCCUUUGCUUAGAAAAUACACACGUAAAUGUUGGAUAUAUAUGCCAUCCUGUGAGCCCAAACUAUGGAAACAUAUUCCUGUUCAGGCUGAGAAUUAGCCAGAGGGUUUGAAGUAACAAUGAACUACACCCCUUCAAAGUUGGCAAAAUGCUUGUAUAUAUUUUCCCACACUUUGUAUACCUUAUUUCGAAAGUUUUCUGACAUUAUUUCAAUUGAGUAAAUCCUGCCAGAAGCAAACAGAAGCAUAAUGAUCACAAACACACAUAUACCCUGAAGAAAACCACAGGUGUGAGUAGCCUUCAUGUUUGAGGUAAUUAAAUAUCUGAAUUUUUUUUAUCUCUGAGGCUGGAAGGUGAUAUAUCAACCAUGAGAUUUGUCAAGAAUGAUAUUAGCUCUGUAGAAAUACUGCUAACUCAAAAGUACAUUUUUCUUUAUCUCUCCUUAUAAAUAAUUCUGCUUUCGGUACUUACCCUGCCCUCCAACACAAACACUAUAAACAGCCUUCGUUUAUGAAGCAACAGUUACAAGGCAAACGGGGCUGAAUUAAAAGGGCUUAAAGGAAUGUGUACUCUCUAAUGAGCUAAUGGGAUAAUUCAGAACCUUUAAACCUUGAAUAACAACAAUAUCCUGAAGUAUUUGCCUCAAAAGACCUGUAUCAAAUGAGAUUUUUGUUUCUUAGUACAGAGAAUUGGAACCAGCAUCUGCUACACGUUAGGGAAAAGAUUACUAAGCCACAAUCCAAGGCCAAAACCAGAAUUUUUUAAAGGAAAAAUUUUUUAAAAGCAAUGGUAUGAAACAAUUAAAUAUGCAUAUACACCAAUUACAAUUCAUUUAAGACCAAAUUCCAGCACAAACUCUAAAGAAUUCUGAAUUAGCCAUACUAGAAACUAUGGGAAGGGAUUCAUGAAUUUUAUUUCACUUAAUUUAAAAAUUUAUGCAUUUUUAACUUGAAAUAUUUGGUUCCACAGUAAUGCAGUCCUCGGUGUCUGUUUUCUUGUUAGUGUAGAUGUGUACAACUUUUCCUUUCCUGUCGGGCUCAGACUCAGCUUUGGUUCAGGUUCUGAGAUAGGGAAGGGACAUUGGCUCAAGAAGAAUUCUGACAACCAGGUGGAUUGCACUUAAGUGCUUGUGAAUAGCUCGAGCUGUCUUUGUUUGUACUUAAGAGAUUUUCUCACCAGGGUUGCAUGAACAGCUUUACUAUUGGAAUCAAUAAUACAAUAAGAGAAAAAAAGAACCCACAAACUGCAUAAAUUCAACAAAGAACUGUGCUGCUCUGUGGCUCACUGGUUGUUGCCAUAUAAGAGAUCUUCUCAAUGGAUUUUGCCUCAUGGACAGGAAUUCAGAGCUGAUGGAGACUGGUCUGCAUGACUGCUGACACUUUUCCAAUCACUACAAGAUCUAGACCCUUCUUUAUGUCUUAUAGUAAAUAUCAGAAUCACUAUAGAAAUGGGAAAGAAAUGCUUCAAACCACCCCAGUUCUCUCCAGCAGUUUUUUCAUAAUAUGUACCCCAAAACCUAACCCAGCCCUAAACUCUGCUAUACAGAAAGAGUAUCAUGAACGCUUACCUUAUUCCUCAGUAAAUGUUUAUUGUAUGGAUAUAUUCUAAUAAUUGUAAUUUGAAUUAUAAAUGCAUGAGAAUCCAUAUAUACCCAUUACAUGAUCACCUGCAUUGAUUUAUGAAUGUUGGGUAUCUGUGUAAGAUACUUGAAGUUAUAAUGAAAAUUGUGAAGAAAUACAUAUGUACUUAACAGAAGAUGGCGAGUUUUAGCUACUCUAAUAUUUUUAUAACUAAACAGACUAUUUGGAUAUAGUUAAGCAUAUCUUUCCCAUGGUUUUUAAAUUACACUCAUAUCAUUUUGUGGAAACAUAGGCUUCUAAUCAUAGCACACUGUACCUUAAUGUACUAGUUACUUGGAAGAAUGGGAUCUCGUAGCAGCGAUGAAUUUCCUUUUAUUUAUAAAAUGUGCACUCCAGGAAAUUGUCCUAUGAGAAUAUGAGAGGUUAGAAAAUAAAAUAGGAAAUAUCUUUCAUAAUAAAAAUUGGAAAAUGGAAGCAUUCCAAGCCAACCCACUCCAAGAUAGAGUUCACACACUUUGCGGCAUAAAAAGCAUCAAAAACUCUUUAAAGUUAGCAACAUAUGCUCUGUAUUUCUCAGACAAGUUGGUCAGUAUUCAUUGAUGCUAAAAAAGGCAAACACUAUAAGAGAAUGGACAUCUUUACCAGGAUAUUAGGAACACAUUAGUGUGAUUUCUAAUCACACAACAGUUUAAUUUGACAACGAACCCAAGGCAAUUAUAUCAGUGAAAGUACAACCUAUAAACAUAAGAAGUAUUCUACCUCAGUGAGGAGAUUGUUAAAGGAGUGACUGAAAGAAUUGCUAUCUCAUGCUUGAAAUUGAAAGACUCUUUUAAUCAAUACCUAUCAAGCAAGCACAGUUAUAAUACUUGCAUUCCUGGCCUGUGAAUUUGUGUUCAUUUUUAACACGAUAAUUCUUAUUUUAGUGCCUACGAUUGACUUCAAGGCUGAGCAAUAAGCUGUUAAAGAGGCAUUAAUCCUUUUAGCUCAGUGACUUCAAGGAGACUAUAAACUUGCAGUAAAUUGUUAGCUUUUGUGCAUUUUGGGAAAGAAUUUAGUCAUCAAAACUGCACAACAUUAUAACUGUCAAAUUUCAAGUCCUAUAAAACUGGACCCAACAUUGUCUAACCUGUACCAGUAGAACUAGAUAAGCUCCCAAGUGCAAUGUUGUUCAAAUAAUUGUAACAAGAACAAUUUAGCUGAAUAAUGGAUAGUGAAUAAUGAAUAACAAAUACUGGAAAAUAUUCCCACAAAAUUAGAAUUCUACAAAAGACUUACAUGUCGAAUAUAACCCCUAAGUCAUAUACUCCAUGAUGCCUUCAAAAUUCAUUACUGUGUUUUCUUUGUGGUCUUACAAUUCUACCCAUAACACUACAUGCUAAUUGCAGGAAUGUGGCUCAAUGGGGAGUGUGCUUGCCAGGAACAAAAAAAAGACCCCAGGGUCAAACACCACUGACCAUAAUAGUGCACUGCUUUAGACUGUCUCUUAGCUCCCAUAUAAAGACAGAGGGAAGCAGCCUGUUCCAUUGUAGUUAUAAUCUGCAUUAAAAAUUCGCUGUUAUCCAAAAAUUAUGUUUACUUCCUAAAAAGGAAAUUCCACUCCAUUCCAAUUAGAGUUCACUAUACAUUUCCUAAUACCCACUGGCACUGUUUUUGGCCAUUCAAUAACUUUAUUAUUUUUUUAAGAAAUUCACUGUAACACGUUUUCCAAUAGUAAGAUGUAUUGAAAAAUGGUGAAAUAUAAAAUUGUUAUUUUGUAAAGUGAAUUGAUAAAAGUUGUGUGUAAAUUAUUUUCAGUAACUUUUAAUUUCUUCCUAUAAAUUAGCAAUUAUUUUAAAAUU